CUGCAGGCGGCGAGACGGUGCGGGGGAAGCUUUGCAAAAUCCUGCCAGAUCCGAGUAGCUGCAUGUUGUGCUCAAAGUUCCAGAGAGAGGAAUUUUGACUUUGGGACAAAAGGGUUAAGAGGCUAAUUACUGGUUUCCGGAGUAUUGGAGUCAGGGGUGAUUUGGUUCCAUUUCGAAAUUUAUUUCUCCUUAUGAUAUCAGCUCCAAAAAAGUUAUAUGUUCUAUAUAUUUUUGUCCACCAUCCUUCAAGGAAUAUUUUCUCUCUUCCACUUCUCCUGAGGUAAAGAUCUCUAAGGACUUAGAUUAAGCUGUAGAGGUUUUAAUGCUAUCUGGUAAGUGUUGCAGAUAUGUCUACAAAAUGACUGUUGAAAUGCAAAAUCCUGAUGGAUCCAAUUGUGGUUUAUUUCUUAUUAAUUUAUAUGCCGCUUAUAUGCAACAAUGGCCUCCGAGUGGUUUACACGUACAGUGUAAGAUCAAUACAUGAUUAAAACGCACAAGGACAAAUGUGUUGUGGCAUUAAAAUAUCCAUAAUUAAGAUGCACAAUUAUAAUUUUUAAAGUAUUUCAGUUAAAACACUUAAAUCACAAGUUCAGUUCAGGGGAAUGCUUGUUGAAGCAGGCAUGUCUUCAGGAUCCAGUGGAAUGCCAACACCGAUUGGGCCUCUCAAAUUUCAGCAAGAAGGGCAUUCAACAACACUGGUGGUCCAGGGAAAAACCUCGUCUUCGCAUUGUCAUAGGCUGAUAGCCAUUAGACUAACUGGAUUCCAUUAGCUGAUUAUAGUGCUGUUGAUAUGUAGCCAGUGAAUGGUACUUAUAUCAGGACUGGUGCAGAGUCAAAAUACUGGGAGAAUCAAGGGAUAGCCUGAGAGUUGGGGUAUUUUUUGGAGCCUGAGCAAGUGCAAAGUGCCUUGUGCUUUUACUUCACCAGCUUUAAAAUGUGGGAAGACAACCUUGCUGUGUUUGGAGGUUCUCUUGUUCAUUCUCAUAGCUCAAUGGUAGAGCACCUGGUUUGCGUGCAGAAGGUUCUAAGCUCCAUCCUUGGCAUCUCAGGUAGGGCUGGGAGAGACUCCCUGCCUGAAACCCUGGAGAGCUGCUACCAAUCAGUGUAGACAAUACUAAGCUGGAUGGACCAAUAGUCCGACUCAUUUUAAGGCAGCUUCAUGUUCCUGUUCUGCUCAGUGAAUCCCUGAACAUCUGCCUCGAAAGUUCUGCCCUGGGUGUUAUAAACCAGGGGUUGGAAACUUCAGUCCAAGGGAUGCAUUUCCUUCCAAGCCACCUUUGGUAGGUGGAGCCACAGGCAAAAGUGGUUGGAGCAAUUGAUAUGAAUUUUUGCCUUUGUGAAGUAGGCUAGGAUCUACACCUGUUAACCCACCCGUCUCUAUCCUCCAUCCAGGCAAGCAAGAGCCAUUAUCAGAGUUCAAGGACGCAUUUCAGCCAGGCGCUGGAUCGCACACUCAAGGAGGGUGUGAACAAAACCGAUGAGUGUUUGUGGCCUGGGGAGAGUCUCAUGGGCCAGACUGAAAGGUGUGGAGGGCCACGUUUGGGAUCUGGCCCUGCAAUUCCCCAUCCCUGUUACAAAGCUUUGAGAACCCAGCAGCAAAUAUGCAAAAUGAGCUUCUGGUUCCUAAAUAGGCUUCCUCGCUGUCAGUGGCAGGGGAUUCCGGAGGAUUCUUCUUGUGGCUACUUCUCUGUUGGCCUUCUUAACUCCUGUGUUCCUCUCUCAGGUGGGAGCAGGUGAGGCAGCACCAUGCCGCCCUCCAAAGAUGUCGUGAAAAUUGCUGUCCAGAUGAUGGGCGCCAUCCCCCAGCUCAUUGAGCUUAAUCAGGCCAAACCACUGUCGGCAGUUGUGAAAGAGGUCUGCGACGCGUGGAACUUGAAUAAUUCGGAGCGUUACGCUCUGCAGUAUGUGGACGGGCAGCAAGCAUACAUCACAGAAUCGAAUCGCGGGGAGAUUAAGAACGGGAGCAUCCUGCAACUGACCACUGCUCCGGACCAAGAGGCAGCAAAGCUACAUGGUGGGAUUCAAAGUAACAACGUGGACGUGAAGUCUGAGUCUUUGAAGAAGCUGGCAGGCCUCUCCCGAGACGUCGCCUUUGCCCAGGAGUUCAUUAGCAGAAACGGCCUCAACCAGCUCUUCCUCAUUGUGGAAGAAGAUAACAAUAUAGGGGAGAUUCUAGCCUAUGCUCUGAAGGCCUUCGUGGAGCUGAUGGAGCACGAUUUCGUUUCCUGGGAGACUCUCAGUCCGGCAUUCAUCAAAAAGAUCGUGAGCUAUGUCAACAUAGUCCCGAUGGAUGCCUCAAUCCAGCAGAUUUCAUUGGCCAUCUUGGAGAACAUGGUGCCAACCAGCCAUUCUCUCUUUGAGCUGGUCAAGCAACAAGUGACUCUGGAUCGUCUCAUUGGCCUUUUGCAAGUAACGAACCAGCAGCUGCAGCUGAAAGCCAUGGCUCUUCUUAUUGCUCUGCUCCUCAAUGCCAAAGAGCCCGACAGGAGGGGCAUGCUGGAGUAUCUGGGGAGGAAGAACCUCCGGCAAUUUAUCCACAAGAACAUCAUCCAUGCCUCUGAGCCCAUUGGGGAUGAGAUGGCUCACUACCUCUAUGUGCUGCAGUCUCUCACGCUGAACCUCCUGGAGCAGAAGAUGAGGACCCCUAUGGACCCCUAUUUACAGGAUCAGAGGGAGCUCCUGCAGUCCCUGCGCCAUGCAGCCUUUGUCUCCGAGAACGAAUCCUACGCCAGCAGCUCCAACACUGAGCGCCGGCACUCCCUUUGUGCCAAGGAGUUCCGCAAGCUGGGCUUUGUGAACAACACUAACCCUGCCCUGGAUUUGCAGCGCAGCCCACCAGGGCUCCUUGCUCUAGACAGCAUGGUCUAUUUCUCCAGACACUUCCCAAGUGCCUACAGCAGGUUCAUUCUUGAGAACAGCAGCCGAGAAGAUAAGCACGAGUGCCCAUUUGCCCGGAGUAGCAUCCAGCUCUGCUUCAUGCUCUGUGAGAUCCUUCAUGUGGGGGAGCCUUGCUCUGAGACAGCCCAGGCCUUCUACCCCAUGUUUUUUGGCCAAGAAAGCUUGUUCGAGGAACUCUUCUGCAUCUGCAUCCAGUUGUUGAACAAGACCUGGAAGGAGAUGCGUGCGACACAGGAAGACUUUGACAAGGUGAUGCAGGUGGUUCGGGAGCAGAUCACCCGAAUCCUCACCCUAAGACCCACUUCGCUGGAGCUCUUCAAGAGUCGAGUGAAUAGCCUAAACUACAGCGAGAUCCUGCGUCUUCGGCAGACGGAGCGGAUGCACCAGGAGGAGAUCCUAGCUGCGCCCGUCCUGGAAUUGAGAGAGCGCCUGAAACCUGAGCUUCUCAAGCUGAUCCAACAGCAGAGACUCCUCCACCUCUGUGAAGGGACGCUCUUCCGCAAAAUUAGCAGCCGGCGGAGACAGGAUAAGCUCUGGUUCUGCCGCCUUUCUCCCAACCACAAAUUUCUGCACUAUGGAGAUGUUGAAGAGGGCAUAGAAAGUCUGCCAAUUGAGAGCCUGCCGGAGAAAGUUCCUGUGGCAGAUAUGAAAGCAUUGCUUACUGGCCGGGAAUGCCCACAAACCAAGGAGAAGAGCUCUGGCAAACAGAACAAGGAUCUCCUAGACCUUGCCUUUUCCAUCAGCUAUGAUGUUGGGGAACAUUUGAAUUUCAUUGCUCCUACGCGCUAUGAGUUCUGCUUAUGGACCGAUGGGUUGAACGUGCUCCUGGGCCGAGAGAUGGCGAGCGAAUGGACGCAGAGCGACCUGGACAUCUUGCUGUCUAUGGAGCUCAAACUGCGGUUGCUGGAUCUGGAGAACAUCCCCAUCCCAGAUGCUCCACCAGCCAUCCCAAAGCCCCCCAGCAACUUAAACUUCUGCUAUGAUUUCACCCAUAUAGAACAGUAAAGGCCACCUCUUUCUAGCAUGCUCUGCCUUUAGUCAGGAUCUGUUCAGGGUGUAUACACUGCUUCUCACAGCCGCUGCCUCCUUUUGGAUGAUCCUCCAAACCAGAUCAGCAACACGCUGCAGACUUUCCCUCCUCCCCACCCUGCUUAGGUACCAGUUCACUUCCCCAUGUCACGUUUGCUGUAACCAUUGUUUCCCAUGAUGCUGAAACUGGGGGGGGGGGGAACCUAUGCUUAGUGGUAGCUGCAAGUCACGUUUGAGUGAGCGACAGUUUCAAAGAAUUUUGUUUGGAGAGUAGUGCUGGUCCACAGAUUGCCUUAUUCAGUUAUCAUAGCAAACCAAAUGGCAAUGAAUCAACAUUAUCACAAGCAAGGGAGAAAGAAUGUGCCAGCCUGGGGCAUGUUCUCAAUCCUCCAAACUAAGCCCAUGUAUCUAGAAUCUAAAUUCUGAGUUAAAAAAACCCAGUAGACACAUUUGCAGAUAUAUGUGUACGUAUAUAAACCUGACCUAACUUGCUUUCUUCCAGCUACAGCAUUUGAGACCUCUCAGAAUUUUGAAUAAUUUCCUCCAGGUUUUUUUGCCAGGGACUUGGGAAUGUAUUGGAGGACGAAACAGGCCUUAAGGAUCGAAAACUGAACACUAUGAAAGGGAAACAGAGCCGAACCACUGAUUCCCACCCAUGGGGCUCUCUUGUAUUUAUAGCCAACACCUCCAACAAUGAGUGCUAGAAAGUUGCUUUAAAAGAAAGAAGAGAAAGGCUUGCCUUCUGUGGAGCCUGGGUUGUAUUUUAGAGACCCUGUUUUAGACUUUCCCGUGUGAUGAAUCCACCACAGAGACCUUGAUCCUAUCAGCCAAACUGCUGCUUUACCAAUGGAUUGUAUUUCACAUUUGGCCUUGCUAAUUCUGCGGUGAGGUUGCCUCAAUUAUGCAGGUGACCUAUAUUAUGCAAAAUUAAAGGAGUUGGGGAAACAUGGUCCGGGGGGGGGGGGAGCAGAGUCCUCCCCUCCCUUGCUUUUCCGAGGAAUACAUAAAUGGACCUCCCACCUUAGAAACUUUGACUCCUUCCACAGAGAGAGUCGCAAUGUCACCUCUUUCCUAGUUCCGUUUAGACUGCAUACUGCCUACGGGAUCUUUCUUUGCCACGUUUUGAAAGGCAGAUACAAGCACUUUACAAAACUGGCUCCCUUGCUCUAUGAGAACAGCAUCAGGUAUGUUUUGUCACCUGCCUGAGCAACAGGAGAGAGCUGUGACAGGGUGAGGCACUCUGCCUAAAACUGUAGCAUAACUAUCUUUUCAGGGACCUUUUUCCAUAGGCAAGGGAGGAACGUAUGGAGAGAGGUGUUUCUUCUUUCUUUAUCCCCUUUCCAGAAUGCUUUCUUUCUUCAUAGGCUCCUGAAUCAGUGCCUACUUCAGAGAAAAGCUCUUAAGAUGCACCCAAAGUUUUCUUGAAAAUAUUUUCAGGAUGUGACAUGGUACUUGUUAAGCCAGGGGUGGGUGUGUAUCUGUUGAUUUUGAACUAUCUCCAUCAAUUAUGCACUGACAAAAGAUGGAUUUGAUGGCCAAUGUCAAUCAUGCAAAUUAAGCAGCUUUAAGUAACUUCUUAUUUUGCGCUUCUUACCAUUCCACAUACUUUUCUUUUUCAUUUGCUAGUCUCCCAGCAGCGGUAGGGUAAAGGGAGAUACCUAUGCAGACACUAAAGUCCCAUGCUGGGGUGGGGAAAUUUUGGCUCUCCAGAUGUUACUGACCUACAUCUCCCAUGAGCCCCAGCGUUCAUCGCCAAUGGCAGGGAUGAUGGGAGUUGUAGUUCAGCAACAUGUGGAGAGGCAGUUUCCCCACAGGUGGGCUAAGGCCAGGAAGCUGACACUCAGGCAGUGUUCCCAUGGGCAGCCGAUUCCUUUGUUCUUCUGUUAAGUCAUUUUGUAAGUAAAUGUGAUUUUGUGAAGUUUUCUAGAGGUAUCACACAUAUUAUAUAUAUUCACAGCACUAUGCCUCUUUAGAAACACUGAGUCCAAUUGCACUGGAGUGGAUAUUUCCUAGCCUCCUACCCCCUUGCCUGCCUGUGUUAUUCAUCAAUCUUGCAGCACUGUAGCUGCCCACUAUCAUAGGAAACAUUUCCACCUUCAGUAUCUCCUGUAAAGGACUUCCCAGACUCCUUGAAUUCCUUCCUGCUCAGGUGCUUCUACUGUAACAUGUUCACUGUGGUACUGCCUCUGGCCCAGAGGCCUUAAUAUUAUUAUUAAUAAUAAUAAAGGG